AAGUCAACCACUAGCUGGUUGAUGAAGGAGGUUUCGAUUGUCAUGGAUUCUGUCAGUGGAUUUUCUGAUUUUCUUCCAGAAUGGCCAUAUUUGCAAGUAACGGUUGGUACCCUGGCUGUCUGUGUUUCUUACUACGUGUUAAACAUAGCAAGAAAACCUCGUCUGAUAGCCAAACAGGGGUCAUUUUUGAGGUCAUUUCUAGUAAAGCACUGCCCGAUAAUGACUGAACCAUACUGGCCUACCAUUUGGUGCUAUGGAGGACGAGGACAGACAAUCAUUGGCAGUAUAAUGAGGAGCCAUCCAGUUGUUCACUAUCGUCAAGAAUUUUUGAAUACGCCUGAUGGAGGAGAAAUCUGUUUAGAUUGGCACGAUAAUGGUAGUCAAAGUUCUGAAGAUCCUGAUGGUUACCCAACAGUGCUGAUCUUGCCUGGCCUGACUGGAAAUAGUCAGCAAGGGUAUGUUUUACACUUUGUGAAACAGAUCCAAAGCCUUGGAUAUAGAAGUGUUGUAUUUAAUAACCGUGGACUUGGAGGAGCGAAAUUAAAAACUCCAAGAACUUUUUGUGCAGCCAACACUGAAGAUUUAGAGUUUGUUAUCAGCCAUUUGCACAAAACAAAACCUGGUAUACCCCUUGUUGCUGUUGCUGUUUCACUGGGAGGAAUAAUCCUGACAAAUUACCUGGCAAAAAUGGGUCAAAGCAUGCCAACUGGAUUGAUUGCUGCCAUGACAGUUUCUGUACCAUGGGAUACGUUCAAGUCAUCCAGGUCCUUGGAAGAGCCACUCAAUUGGUUUAUUUUUAAUCGGCAUUUAACCAGUCUUCUUUGUAAGCUUGUCAUGCAGCACUUGGCAAUGGCAAGGAAAGGAGGUGAAAAUAGACCUAUUGACAUUGAUCAUGUCCUUAAGUCUAAAACUAUCAGAGAGUUUGAUGACAGAUAUAUUGCACCAAUGUUUGGAUUUAGUGAUAGCGAUGAUUAUUACACAGCUGCAAGUCUUCAUUUGAAACCUCUGGAAGAGAUUAGUAUUCCUCUAUUAAGCCUUGCUGCUGCUGAUGACCCUUUUGCCCCUAUCAGCUCUCUUCCUCUGGAGAAAAUCAAACAGUGCCCAAAUGUUGUCAUGGCUUUGACUUCUUUUGGUGGUCACAUUGGAUUCACUGAGGGGCUUCUUCCUGUAGGAGCUGGAUAUGCUGAUAGGAUGAUGUGCCAAUUUGUAAACUCAAUCUUUGAGAAUAGACAAGCCAUACAAGAGACAAACUGCUCGUCAGAUGACCUUUAAAGCUUAAGGAUGUUAAUUUGUUGUAAAUAAUUUUUGCUACGUUCCACUGAAUAGUGUGUUUUAAAAUAAACAAGCUGUGUAAAACUUAAUGUAAUAUAGUACACGGAAGAUUAUUCAAUGUGCAUGGCUUAAAAUAUUGUCCAGUUAUUGGACAAUGUCUGGCCAGAACUUGAACUUGUCUUCUCAAACCUUUGCCUUCAGCUUGCCAGUAAAUUUGACCAGUAACAUUGAGCAUAGUUAAUAGUUAAUAGAUAAUAUUAACUAUGCAUUGAGCAAGCAACAAGGUAUGACUUAGCUGAAACUAAUUUGGCUGGUCAAUCAUGACUAUCACUCUAUUGGCCAUUAUUUUAAGCCCUGAGCAUGUCACAGCAAAAGUAAGGGAACAUGCAUCUGACAUCAUUAUCAAACAGGUCAAUCACCAUGCAUUCCAAUUAAUCCAUUAAUUAUUUUAACUAGUGUAUUUAUUAACUUAAACAUUUUUCAGCAGUAUAUAAUUUAAUUUCAAAGCAGUUUGAAGAGUUAACAGCAAGAAAACUUGAUUUUUGAGUCCUAAUUAUUAUCCAAGUACUGUAUGCAUGKCAAUUUCUGAAAAAAAACAACAAACAAAGUGGAUAUGGCUCAAUUUUUACAACCAAUUCCCAAUCUGUUUCUUUUAAAAAACUUUUGUCGUUUUAUGACUUCUCAAUGUAUAAAUAGCUGUGACAAAAAUUUUCAGAAAAGGAAAAAUCCAUAAUAUUUGUAAUUUAAUUCGUAGUUUUGAAAUAUUAUCCAAUGUAUAAUAAAGACAAUAAGUUGCAAGCUGAA